GUGGAAGUCAGCCCAAAGCGAUUGACGUUCUAGCCUACCUAGCUUUUAGCACCCAGCUUAGAUGCUUAGAUGCACUUAACGCGGGACGAACUUUUGAACAAUGUGACCACUCUAAAGACUAACAGACCUUUGACAUAUGAUGCUUUGCCAACUCAGUCAACUUAGAAUACAUCACAGAAUACACCAUGGUGUAGCUGCUUACCAUCACGCUUUUAUACCUCGCUAUUCUUAUUCACAGACCAACAUCCAUGAAGCUCUACCUACACAGGUACUGGGUACACUACACUACCAUUUGUUGCCUGGAGCUUUAACUGGUUGAUCUGGAUCUCCGAUCAGCCUUGAAGGCUCUCAGACACCUAAAGGGUUUGUCUCCUUCCAACAAAUGCGACAACACGUGCAGUCCUCUCUUUUGAUUCUUUUCAUGUAAAUCUAUUACUUUUACGGCUUCGAAGAUGCACAUUAAAAAGAUACCCAAUGUCGAUGCCAUAAGAGGCGGCGAGAAAUACUCUGGCGAACUCCAUCUGACAGAACACCACAUUAUAUUCGUAUUUCCUAAUAUACUUCCCGAUGGGGCGGCACCACAGCCGAAUGCUCCGAAGACUCGCGAGGUUUAUAUCGCUUACCCCAUAAUCGGGAACUGUGUCUUUAGACCAUGUCCUAGUGUAACAGGCCGGCCCUCUUCGAUACGACUUCGAUGUCGGGAUUUUACCUUCAUGAACCUCAACUUCCACGACGAGGUUCAUGCGCGAGAAGCGUUUGAGUAUAUUCGCAACCGCACAUGCCGACUCGGUAGCAUUGAGAAGCUAUACGCCUUUAGUUACCAACCCCUGAAACCUGAGAAACCAUUCAAUGGAUGGCACUUGUACGACCCGAGAGCCGAGUUUCGAAGGCAGGGGAUAAGCACCAAAUCUGUUGAUAGAGGAUGGAGGAUAUCUUCCAUAAAUAAGGACUACACCUUCUCCCCGACUUACCCUAACAUGCUCGUCGUCCCCUCCAAGAUAUCCGACAACGUCAUAAAAUAUGCUGCUACGUACCGAUCUAGACAACGCAUACCCGUAUUGACUUAUCUCCACUCUCUUAAUAAUUGCUCCAUCACGCGAAGUUCCCAACCUAUGGUAGGUUUCAGGGGAAAUCGAAGCAUACAAGAUGAGAAGUUGGUCAGCGCGUGCUUUUCCGCUUCGGCUACCGUCGAAUUUAACGGAAUAGACGCACCCGUCCCGGAUACGGUGGAGCCAAGUCCAGCUUCUAGUCAGGCAGAUCUCAGCGGAGAAAGUUUCGAGACAGAAACUUCAGAUACUGAACGUAUGGAGGAUGAACUGAUUGCUGGGAACGACGAUAAUAACUACGAUUCGAAAACUGGAAAGCGGCUGGUAUACGGCGCGCAGCAAAGUAAUCUUAUUGUAGAUGCCCGACCAACCAUCAACGCGGUUGUCAUGCAGGCGAUGGGAAAGGGAUCAGAGAAUAUGGAAUAUUAUAAAUUCGCGAAGAAGGCCUAUUUGAAUAUUGAGAAUAUUCACGUCAUGAGAGAGUCCCUCAAUAGUGUCAUAGAGGCGCUCAAAGACGGUGAUAUUUCUCGCCUACCACCGAAUCGCGAAUUACUGGCAAAGAGUGGAUGGCUGAAACAUAUCACCGGCAUUCUCGACGGAUCGGCCUUGAUAGCACGGCAGGUGGGUAUAAAACACUCGCACGUCUUGAUUCACUGCUCGGAUGGUUGGGAUCGCACGAGCCAACUCUCAGCCCUAUCACAGCUGAUGUUAGAUCCUUAUUACCGAACUAUCGAGGGAUUCAUUGUGCUCAUCGAAAAAGAUUGGCUUUCUUUCGGACACAUGUUCCAACAGCGUUCUGGUCCCCUAAACCACGAAAAAUGGUUUGUGGUCGAGAAAGAUGCCUUAGCUGGUUCAACAAUCCAACCCGGAGACUCGGAUGGCCGUGCUGGUGAGGCUUUUGAGAAUGCGCUCGCAAGUGCGAAGCGUUUCUUCAACAAGAGCCGCAAUAAUGAUAGUAAUCCUGAAUCCGACGGUGACGGCAUCGCAUCGCCCCCUGAAGACCCAUCGCAGGUCAAGAAACCUACGCCUAGCCCCCCAGAAGCCAACGAAAUUACAAAACCAAAUGAAAUAUCCCCCGUCUUUCACCAAUUCCUCGAUGCUACCUACCAAAUCUUGCGGCAACAUCCUAAUCGAUUCGAGUAUAAUGAGCGCUUCUUACGACGGCUUCUCUAUCACCUACAUGCUGCGCAAUAUGGAACGUUCCUAUGGAAUAGCGAGAAAGCCCGGAAGGACGCCCACGCGAGUGAAAGGACGAGAUCCGUGUGGGACUACUUCCUAUCCCGCAAACAGGAGUUUAUCAACCGCGAUUACGACGCUACGAUUGACGACCGGCAAAGCGGCCGCGAGAGGCUGCUCUUCCCGAAGCUAUCCGAUGUACGAUGGUGGCACCAGCUCUUUGGCCGCUCGGACGCUGAGAUGAACGAGUACCUCGACUUGGCGGCGGCUAGAGACGAGAGGCUUGGUACCUACGGCAUGGGCAACAUGCCAGGCGGAUUUUCCAGCCCACCGUCAAGUGAUACGAGAUCCCCCCGGCCCCCACCAAGUCCUCAACCUCAACCGCCAAGCAUGCCAACUAGUAAGAGCGUGCUUACGGGUGUGGAAUCCGCACAUGAGGCUCUCACGCCGGAGGAAAGGGUUAUAGGAACCUUAAAACAUAGCGCCAGCGCGGACACUCCGGGUGCUUUCGCAACGAAUCUCGCGAAGAUUAGGGAUGGAGUUGUGGGCCUGGAGAUCGGGCGCGGAUUAUUCGGGACCGGGACCGGGGAGAGCGGGAAUGGGAGUGGCAAUGGCGUAGGUCUAGGUCUAAGCAGAAGCGGAAGUAGUGGUGGCAGCGAUAAUAGGAAAGGGGCUGCCACGAAGGGGGAGCAGGAGAUGGCGGAUAUGUCGACGCCAAGCGGCGAUAAGGAGACUGUGGGGUUGGCGUAGUCCGCUUGCUCGCUUAAGUAAUCGUCAUCAUACAAUGGCCUCGGAGCCGGGGCGGGUUUGGUGGCUUUGUGGGUGGUGUAACGUAACUAGUCCUAUUGAAGAGCCCUUGGGGAUGGGGUUGGAAGUAAACGGGAUGGCGAGUAUGCGGGUAGGGCUGGAGGCUAUCGUUGAGUUGAUUAUGAAAUAGGGAAUACGAAAUCAAACGAAAUGGAAUGUGAACAUUUUUAUGACCUUGGAUUUGGAGUUGGUAGAAUUGGUGUUGUACCGCGCUGUGGAUGUUGUUGAUGCUGUUGAUAUGAAUAAUGGGGA